GCAACGCAUUUGGUAGGAAACGGAAACAGAAACAUGAACUAACUUUCCCACGUCACAUGGCCCCAAGUAUUUGAGUCUCGUAUUUCCCACAUUUCGUGGAGCUUCCAGACUCGUAAACAGUUGCAAAACAAGCUCCAGCAUCCUGGCACAGUGUCUAGAAUGUUCAAUGAAUGUGCACGGAAGAGCAUUCUGGCUCCAGGGAGCGAGGACCAAAUCCGCUCUGGGAACAGAUGAGUCAGACUGGUGGUCCGGGCAUUGCUUUUCAAGCCCUUCAUGUUGCUGGAAGAACCAACAGCUGGAACUGGAUAAACAGGGGUGAUGAUGUGGCGAGAGUUACAUCCCUGGCAAUUCCCUUCUGGUUUCACUUGCCUUCUUGGGCCAGGAAAAGCAAAGCUCAGGGGGCUGUAUGCACUGCUGACCCCUUCCCCCUGUCCUGUGCCAUUGGCUUUGGAGGGUCCAUGAAACCCCAAGUCUCUAGGAGGACAGUUGACCAGUGUGGCUGGACCUCAGCAUGGUCCUCUCUGUUCCCACUCACCUGCUUUGCCAGCCCCAGAUCCUGGCAGGAAGGGAGAUUGGAGCGGGUGUCUGCAAUCUAGUCCCAGACCUUCCCUUGCAGACUUGCCCACCUGUCUGUGGUCUAGUGUGGAGGUGAGGUCCAGGGGUCAAGAGGAUGUGGGCGCACAUGUCUGGCAAGUCAUUGUGCCCUCCCAGCUGGAAAAUCCUCUGAACCUGUGAGAAGAGAACACAGCCAGCAUGGACACACCCUUACCCUUAGUCUCAUUUCCCACCAAGACACAGAGCAUUUCCUGUGCCUUUUCCGGUAUUUCACAAGCUGCCUUUUCUUGCUCACAAAGGACAGAGGCUUCUCCUGCCAGAAGCCAGACAGCUGGUUCCAGCCUUUCCAGUUCAGCGCCAUGGCCAAGACGCCUAGUGACCAUCUGCUGUCCACCCUGGAGGAGCUGGUGCCUUACGACUUUGAGAAGUUCAAGUUCAAGCUGCAGAACACCAGUGUGGAGAAAGAGCACUCCCGGAUUCCCCGGGGGCAGAUCCAGACAGCCAGGCCGGUGAAGAUGGCCACUCUGUUAGUUACCUACUAUGGGGAGGAGUACGCUGUGCGGCUGACCCUGCAGGUCCUGCGGGCCAUGAACCAGCGCCUGCUGGCCGAAGAGCUCCACAGGGCGGCUGUUCAGGAAUAUUCCACACAAGAAAGCAACACAGACGGUUCUGCAGCGGUCAGCUCCCUGGGCGCUGAAGACUCUAGGAGCCUGAAGCCUGAGCCCAGGAGCCUGAAGACUCUAGACGACCUCCCAGAGGGGAAGGAGAGGAGCUGCCCUAGGCAGUGCGGGGACGGUGCCACCAACCCGCGGUGCCCCCAGCCCGAGGCAGGAAGAGGGCUGCUGAGGAAGGCCCUGGACAAAAACAGAGAGAUCACCUCUGAGGGCCUGGACACGCAGGGCAAGCCUCGGACCCGGACCCGGAGCCCUGCCCUGACCAGCGGGAGAAGCCCCAGCAGAGCGCGCGAGGGGGUCCAAGCCAAGGUCCAGCUGCGCAGGAACGCCAGCUCCGCGGGGAGGCUCCAGGGGCUGGCGGGUGGCACGCCGGGGCGGAAGGAGUGCAGGGCCUACGAAGUGUGCCAGCCCUCAGGAAAGAAGCGGCCUAAAAGCCUUGAGUUCACCGUUUCUACAGGGGAGAAGGCGCCCCCAAAUCCAGAAAUUCUCCUGACUCUGGAGGAAACGAGAGCUGUGAAUCCAGACUUGGCAGCUGCCUCCCAGGCAGGGUCCACUCCGGAUGGAGGGGUGUCUGUGGACCUGGGGAAAGGCUCUGAGAAUCCAGAAUGUCUGGUCAACGGAAGGCCACCAAAGGCUGCGAGUCCCCAUUGCCACGCCCAGGAAGGAGGCCCAGCUGGUGGUACCUGCCUGCAUGAUUCCUGCAGCUGCCCCAAGGCAGCUUCUGGGCACCCCGAGGCCUCAGGCAGCCGCUCACCUGGCUGUCCCCGGUGCCAGGCCUCGAAUGAAAGGAAGAGCACAGGAAGCCUAAGCCCCCAGCCCCUGCCACAGUGUAAGCGCCACUUGAAGCAGGUCCAGCUGCUCUUCUGCAAGGAUCAUGGUGAGCCCAUCUGCCUCAUCUGCAGCAUGAGUCAGGAGCACCGAGGCCACCAAAUGUGCCCCAUUGAGGAGGCCGCCCUGGAACACAAGGAGCAAAUUCAGGAGCAGCUGACGUAUCUGAAGAAGCUGAGAAAGUCUGGGGAAGAGGAGCGAUCCUAUGGGAAUGAGAAUGCAGUGAGCUUUCUGAAACAAACUGAAAUGCUGAAGCAGCGGGUACAGAGGAAGCUGGAGCAGCUGUACCACUUUCUGGAGCAGCAAGAGCAUCUCUUUGUGGCCUCACUGGAGGACCUGGGCCAGACGGUUGGGCAGUUCAGGAAGGCAUAUGACACCUGUGUAUCGCAAGACAUCGCCCUGCUUGACACGCUAAUUGGGGAGCUGGAGGCUAAGCAGUGCCAGUCGGAAUGGGAGCUUCUGCAGGACAUUGGAGACAUCUUGCACAGGGCCAAGAAGGUGCCUGUCCCUCAACGGUGGACCACUCCUCAAGAGAUAAAAGAAAAAAUCCACCUGCUCCACCAGAAGUCAGAGUUUAUGGAGAAGAGCGCAAAGUACUUCUCAGAAACCCUGCGUUUGGAAAUGGAAAUGUUCAAUGUUCCAGAGCUGAUUGGCGCUCAGGCACAUGCUGUUAAUAUGAUUCUGGAUGCAGAAACUGCUUACCCCAACCUCAUCUUCUCUGAUGAUCUGAAGAGCGUAAGACUUGGAAACAAGUGGGAGAGGCUGCCUGAUGGCCCUGAAAGAUUUGACAGCUGCAUCCUUGCUCUGGGCUCUCCGAGCUUCAUCUCCGGCCGCCAUUACUGGGAGGUGGAGGUCAGAGACAAGACAGGGUGGGUCCUGGGAGCUUGCGAGGCAUCCAUAGGCAAGAAAGGGAACAUAACUCUGUCGCCAGAUAAAGGCUACUGGGUGGUGAUAAUGAUGAAGGAAAAUGAGUACCAGGCGUCCAGUGUUCCCCCGACCCGCCUGGUAAUAAAGGAGGCUCCCAAGCGUGUGGGCAUCUUUGUGGACUGCAGAGUUGGAAACAUUUCCUUUUACAAUGUGACAGCCAGAUCCCACAUCUAUACAUUCUCCAGUUGCUCUUUCUCUGGGCCCCUUCAACCUGUCUUCAGCCCUGGGACACACGAUGGGGGAAAGAACACAGGCCCUCUGACUAUCUGUCCAGUGGGUGGUCAGGGGCCUGAGUGAAUGCCCAACACCGCAUCUCUCUUCCGGCUGCCAGUCUUUUGUCCUGCAUUCACACACUCAACAGUCAUGGAACACCUACUGGGUGCCAGCUACUAUAGGAAAUGUAAUGAAUAACAAAAUAGUUACUCUGCCCAAGGAGCUUACCUUAUCAUAGCAGAGGUAAGUUAGGUACGAACACAUUGGCAAAUCCAGGUGAAGACAUGUACUGAUGACACACCACGGAUUUGAGAGGAGGAAGGAUGGGGUUGUUGCACAACCUGUCCUUGGUGAACGGCACUCUCCUGAACAGAAGACUUGGCCGUCAUUUUCCCUCAGAACCCCAUGGCAAGGGUAUAUCCCCUUGUUGUCGCUGCCUCUGUCUUGAGGACAGGGAGUACCUAGAGAAACACGAGACUGGAUUGGGAUAGAAGUAUUUGUGUACCUGGAUUAAUGAACUAUAAUUCUUUUUUGUUUGUUUGUUUUUGAGAUGGAGUCUCACACUGUUGCCUGGGCUGGAGUGCAGUGGUGUGAUCUCGGCUCACUGGACCCUCCGCCUUCUAGGUUCAAGUGAUUUUUCUG